CUCAACGCAUCAUCAUCGCCCUCAGACUUAGAAGUCUGACAAGCCAACCUCUACGUCGAUAUUUACCCCUACAAGCCAUUGUCGAAACCAACAUACCGACAGUCGUUAUACGGUUCCAAUUCGCCGAGAACAUACACCGAUCCCUCGAUUUCAAGCCACUAUACCCACCCCUCCAAUUCCUUUUCACGCUAGGUUUAAACUACUUGUAACGUAGCGUUACACCGUCUUCUCCCAACUCGACCCAAUCCCUCUUCCACCAUGGCCGACGUUCGCGCCCUUCUACGGCAGCAACGCGCGGCCCGCCGAAUCGAGCACCCCCAUGCUUCGUACUCAGACGCCGGUAAGCUCGUGUGCACCGUCUGCAGCGAGCAGGUCAAAACCGAGUCCCUUUGGGACGGGCACCUCCGGAGCGCUGGGCAUCGACAGCGGCUACAAAGCAUACACCAAUCCUCGGCGAAGAACGGCUCCAAUGGCUAUGCUGGAUUUGUAGACCAGGGCUCCGAGGUGCAGGGCUCAACCAACAAACGGAAGCUGGCCGAUUCGGACGACGACAUGGCCGACACAGACGACACGAGCGGAUCUCAAAGAAAGCGGACCAAACCCGACGGCUCGCCAACAGAACACUCCCAACAAGAGACGAGGACACCAUCCAAAAAAGACGACACCGACAAGCACGGCAAGCCCAUCACACCACCCCUCACCCGCCGAACGUCAGGCACCCCCACCGCCGGCGUCGAGAUGCAGAUCCCAUCCCGCCCAGCCACACCCAGCGCGGGCGGAUCAAGGACGCCAAAAGCCACAACCCCCAAGGCGGCACCAGUUGGCCGGUCACCGUUGAUACCAGACGAGGCCACGGCCUCGCAACAAGACGCGAUCCGGGGCCCAAGAACGGGCGCACAGCCAACAUCCUCCACCACCACCACCACAACAGCGGCGACAGCAGUACCAGUCGACGAAGACGAGUGGGCGGCCUUCGAAGCCGACCUGGUACACGAAAGGAAACCAGCACACAAACCCACCGCCGCCGCCACCGCAACCGCCGCACUAGACAGCGGCGCGGUGAUCUCGGCGCCCGUGAUGAGCGCGGCGGAGAUCGCGGCCAAGUCGGAGGAGGAAGAGCGGGCGAAGCGGCGGGCGCUGGCGGACAUACAGCUCGAGGACGAGAAGGAAGAGGCGACGCGGGCGCUGGAGAACGAGUUCGAGGUGAUGGAGGAGCUGGAGGCGCGGGCGAAGCGGCUGCGGGAGCGGCGCGAGGCGCUGCGGGUGCAGAGUAAUGGUAAUGGCGGGGCGAUGGAGGGGGUGGUGGUGGCGGAUGCUGGGGGCAAGGGGCCUGCUGCUGCUGCGAAUGGGAAGGAGAAUGCUGCUGUUGAGGAGGAGGAGGAGGAGGAGGAUGAUGAUGAUGAUGAUGAUUGGGAUGGGUUCAGGUUUCGCGCGUAGGGGCGUUGAGACAUUGAGGUCCUCCUGA